CUCCAUCGGCCCGUAGUAGACGUCGACAACCCCACACACUGCCCAGCAUGGCGCCAGCAGCACCUCCAAAAUCCUCGCCGUUCGACCCCGACGCGCCGCUGUUCGUCGCCAAGGCCUCGUUGACGACCGCCGCGAUGGGCGCCUUCACCGGCGCGUGUAUCGGCGUUGUGCAGCGCCAGAACCCGUUCAUCCUCGGCACCAACAUGGCCGUGAACAGCGGUAUUGGCGGCCUGGCGUUCUUCGCCACGCGCGAGUACCUCGUCUCGCCGGCGCUGCUGGCCGUCGGGGCCACGCCGGGCCAUGUGCGUCGGCGGGCAGCGCUCGACGACGAGCGCAGCGGCAUCGUGCCUCCUGCGGCAUCGAUACCCGAGGUGCGGACUGAGCGGCUGCUCGACUCGGGCAUCUCAGGUGCACUGUCCGGCGGAGGACUGUCUGCCGCUCUGCGCGGACCGCGUACCCUCAUCCCGGCCGCCUUCACCUCGGCGCUGAUCGCCACGCUGCUUCAGUUCUCGGUCAACUCUGUGCGCGUAGCGCGACUGGAGAUUCUCGCCAAGCGGCUCGAGGAAAGCAAGGCGAGGGAAGCGCCGGUGGCUGUGGCCGACGCCGAGCCUGUCGAGGCCACCCAGCCCGAGGUCCCGAUCGUUGCCCUUCUUCCUCCAGCCUUCGACAACCCAUUGAAAGAGGAAGGCGCGCAGCGCGGCGACGCACCCAUCACUGCGCGCGUCCUCGCCACGCUGUCCUCCUUCCUCCCAGUGCGCAAGCUCACAGACGACGACUACCUCGCGACGCUGGAGCGCAAGCGCGCCGACGUCGACAAGCGCCUGGCCGAGAUUGACGCCGAGCAGCUCACAAUGUUUGAGCGCAGCGCGGCCAACCAGCAGCAACAGCAGCAGAAGUAGAGCAUCACCAUCACAAGCAUCGAGUAGCAGCAUUCAUCACU